GCAAUGUCCAGGGCCAGUGAGCGUAGCUAGCUCUGCUUAAAAGGGCCCUGCUUCUCUUUCACAGCACUCUGGAGGCAUAACUGAAAUGGCAAACAGAACUAAUUCUACUGACUCCAACUCCUACUAUGGCUAUGAAUACUAUAUGGACUAUGUGGACCUUCCUCAAGUAGAUGAAAGAAAGUUGAAGGCUAACAAACAUUCAAUCGUCAUUGCUUUUUGGGUUAGUCUUGCAGCUUUUGUGGUACUUCUCUUCCUAAUUUUGCUCUACAUGUCCUGGUCUGGCUCAGUUCCAACAAGGGGUUCCCGUUCACACUGUAAGUGCCCAUGGAAUUACAUCUUCAACUUGCUCUUCUUUGUCCAAAAGGCCAGAGGCUUUCAAAACAGCCUCACCAGCACCUCACAGCCUCAAGGCCAAAUCAAAGAACUAGAAGAUGGAAGCUCUAGCUAUGAGCAGCCACAGGGAAAUAACUGCAUCCCGGAUUCUGUUCUAAUCAUUGUCCCUCAAAAUACUUCUCCUGUACAAGAAAAUGAACAUUAUAGAGGCUUGGUGGUCUGAGCUGAUAGUAAAAUUGCCCUCUUUUUAAAAACAAGCAUGAUAUUCUCCUCAAUCUAGACUGAAGACUAAAGGGUGGUAGAAAAGUAAUAACUCCA